CUCUCUCUCUCUCUCUCUCUCUCUCACAAACACAAUCUCUCUCUGAAACAAGAACACAUGUAUUCACAUAUGAAUGAUGAAUCAGUGGUGGAAACUUGCUUUUUGAAGCACAGAUGAAUCCUCCUUUUGAUGUGCUGCUGUUUCCUUCUACUCCACCAUCAUCAAAUCGAUCUUCUUCUUUCUCCCUUAUCCUCUCUCCCCUUCUUAUCCAAAAAAGCUUCCAUAGGUUUGAAUGAAUCAUCAUACUUUCUUGGAGUUUCUUUCUACGUUGCUUUUAAUUGUUCUCUUCUGCUAAAUCCUUGCUCCCUGCACUUCUCUUCAAAGAUUCUCUCUCCACAAUUUAUUUCUGCUAGGAGGCUAAAGUAGUUGCUCUAACUUGGAGUCAUCUCUCUCACUAAGCAUGCUUUUAGUGGGAUAAUUGGAAUGCUUAAUUUGAAGUUCUAGAAAGAGAGGGGCUGAAGAGAGUUUAUUGGGACUGUUAUAAAGGCAGCACAAGAAGACAGAAUAUAAUCUGUAGCAGAUGAUAUCCAUUGAUGAUCAUCCACCACCAGAUCCUUCAUCAUCUGAUCAUCAAAAUCAUCAUCAACAAAAAGAAGUUUCUCAUGAACUCAAGAUCAACAAUGGUGAGAAAGCUCCAGCUUCUGUUUCUAACAUAGAUCUGCUGAAGCCUAAGGAUUCCAUUCUUGAUGACACCAAAAACCCGCUUCCCAAUUUCUCUAUAAGAGAUUAUGUUUUCGGUUCGCGAUGCAAGGAUAUUGCCUCUAAUUGGCCUUUUUCUCAAGAAAUUUUGCAACUUUGCUUGCAAUAUGGUGUGAAGAAUUUAUUGCCACCUUUCCAACCUCUUGAUCUACUCAUCAGUAAUCCUAAUCAAUCUGGUAGCAGAUGUGCUGUUGAAAAUCGUUUACCCGAUGAAGAAAUCUUAAGCAGUUCUGAGGGAAAAUUUAGUAUUGAACCUCAAUGUCAUCUUGAAAAAGACUUGGCUCACACAAAAUCAAAGAAAUCCCACCCUGCUUCAUCUGAGAAGACUUCGAACACCACUAACCAAACUGCGGUUAAGAAGUACAAGUUCUUUAUGAAAUUAAACUCUGGUGUUGAACGAGUUGACCAAGAGGUCACACCGAACAAUUUCAUAGUCUCAGAGACCAUGCUGGCUGCUAAAGUUUGCCCAGUUUGCAAGACUUUCUCAUCCUCUUCAAACACCACCUUAAACGCUCACAUUGAUCGCUGUUUAUCUGAGGAAUCAAGUAUGAAAUGGACUACAAAUCCCAAGAUAAUCGUUAAACAUAGGAUCAAACCUAGGAAGACAAGGUUAAUGGUGGAUAUAUAUAAAACUGCUCCAUGUUGUACUGUGGAAGAGCUUGAUAGAAGAAAUGGUACAAGUUGGGCUACUAAUUCGAAUUUCCCAGAUCAAGAACUCGAGUUUCAAGCAGAAGAAAAGAAAAAAGAAUCAAGGUUUGUUCCUGAGGCUACUGGUCAUGAUGGCACCGUCUAUAUUGACACAAACGGCACAAAAGUUCGUAUCUUGUCAAUGCCAAAAGUUGGUACUAUAGAUGAUCACGAAGCUCGAAAGUUACAAAAAGGAGGAAAAGGGAGUAAAAUUACCGCGGAGAAGAAGAAAAAGAAAGCUUACAGGCAGAAAAAUCGCGACAAAAUGUUUAAACUUAGCCCGAACAGCAAAAAGUUCUGCUCUUUAAAGCCUCAUCAUCCUGUUUCUGAGGCGAUAGGUGGCCAAGAAGAAGAUGUUGCCAUUGAAGAAAGAUGUGAUAAACCCAUGAAAGCUCGAGAAAAUAAGCAAAUGGAAGAUUUGGCGAUUACAAGGCCACCGUUGGCGUGUUCUAAACGAACUCAUCUUACAAAGAAAAGGAGGUCUACAAUGUUGACAAAGCCAAAAGAAGGCUUCCCUUUGCAGGACAGUUAUGAGGAUCCUCUGGGUAUUAGAUCAAAGGGUGGCAAGUUCUCAUCGUUGCAAGAUAAUCCAUCGUCAACAAGCCAAGAAUGCAAUGCAGGAUCCAAAUUUAAUCCGAAAAGGAAAUUUUCACAUUGCUUAUCAAAAGAAAAUGCGGUCAUGGAACCUUCUCAAGAUUCUUCGAAACAGAAAUCAAGAAUAGAAGAGGACACGAGCGAGAAUUUGUCUUUUGAGAUUGUUAAUGUUCUUGAAGCCAAGAGGAAGAAAUCCGUUACUUCCAAGAUUACUGCAAAUGGGUAUUCUUCCCAAGAACUUGAGAUUGCGUUCGUGGAUCCUCUACUUGAUGUGGAAUCUGCUACCGCUGAUGAAAUCCCAUCUCAUUCUGAUGUUCAGGAAAGAAGUUUCAUGGGUUUGAGGAACUCAUUUGAUGAUCAAUUUUCAAAGAUGGUAAGUCGAGUAGAUAACAAGUUUGACAUCGAUAAGAUUAUGAUUGAGCAUAAUGCUGAAGACUGCAUGGAUGAUAUCGAAAAGGAAGGUAAUUACUUUCACGAGAUCGAUCCAAUUCCAAUUCCUGGACCACCAGGAUCCUUCCUACCUCCUAGCCCUGGUGGAGAUAUGGUUUCUGAAGAACUUCAAGGCAAUUCAUCACUUACAACCACAAGUAGGUUUCAGUCAAGUGAAGAACAGUAUCAUCAUGAUCAUAUGUUGGAUUCUCCCAUUUCAACAGUCUCAAGUUCCAGUUUGGCAAGAUCUGAUGACAAGUUAUCUGUAGGAUUUGCUUCCCUUCGAGAUACCAACCUAAGCUUCACAAAUGUUGUAAUUGAUGUUGUAGAUCAGAAAUCUUCUUCUGUGAAUGCCAGUAACUCGAGAUCAGUUGAUGCGAUCUUCAAAGAAAAGGGUCUCACUCCAUCUGGCUUCCAAAAUCAUGAGCAGCCUUGUGUUUGCUCUAGAAAGGAGGGUGUGCUCUCUAAGAAUGUUCCUUCAUAUCACCAAGAAUCAGCUAUACUAACAGAAGGAGCUUUUGAGUCCAACAAGAGACCCGAGUUGUUUUCCCUGAUCAUCAACCACCCGGAGUUACCAUCACCACUACCACCUGAAACUGUUAAACCGCUUGCUGAUCCUUCGGUCAAGUUACCAUUUUACCGCGAUUUUGAAUCUGUUGUUAGACCUACAACACCUGUUCUCAGGCUUAUGGGGAAAAACUUGACUGUGGUGAAGACAGAUGACGAUCAUCAACUUAGAACUCCAUUUUGCUCGAAUCCUUUUGGUCAUCAACAGCUGCAUAACAUUCAAAACAACGACCACACUUCUUUCUUCCAUGGCUAUCUUUCUGAUCAGAAACCUGUAAUCUUUAACCAUAAUCAAAAUGACUCCAAAUCUCGACAUUUUAAUGUCCACCCACCAAGAAAUCUUGCUGAUUUGAGGCUCAUUACGGCACCUACUACAGACUGUAACAGACUUGAUGUUGAUAAUAACGAAGAGAAAUCCCCCUGGAAAGCCACCAAGGAGAUCAUUGUAAUCGAUGAUUCAUCUGAAAACGAAGCUGAUGCUCGUAUUAUGCUUCAAGAACGCAUGAGAAGAAACCAUCAUCUAUUUGACGGCGGUGUUUCAUCGGCUUUCCACCAUGGUAGCUUUGGAGCUUCAAACGCACCAUAUCCCAGAUGAGUUCUUCUUCUACUGCAUGCUAUCCUCGUACUAGCUAAGAAUCAUGAAGAUCGAACUGGAAGAUGAAUGGAGUUUAGUUAAGGUUUACAGAUGAGUUUUAAUUUCAAUGUUUACAUGGUUUUGUUCCUUAAUUAAUUUUGUAUGAUGACUAGUUUCUUAGGUUUCCAUGCAAAGAGAUCGGCCAACCUUACUUUUAAAGCUAUGAAGGAAU